ACUGACCAAGUCAAAGUUUAGCUUUAGAGUUCCGGUGACCUGAACUGGUAAAGAAAGCUAAGCAGGGAAGAAGUUUGAUUCAUUCAUUCAAGAUCUAUUUUCGGGGAGGAGAAGAGUUUGGUUUUGGGCCUCACCAUGAAAAGCCUGGAUCUGUUCCUGCUGGCAUGUUGCCUAUACAGCCUGAGCACAUUGGGAGGUGCAACUGAAUCAGAGAACACUCUGAUGAAGAGCCUCUUCUCCAAAUACAACCUUAAGGUCCGACCAGCUCGUACCCCUGAAGAGAGGGUGGUGGUCCGCGUGGGCAUGAUCCUCACAUCCUUCGUUGGACUGAAUAUGAAAAAUGAAGAAAUGAGCACCACUGUUGUCAUGAAUCUGGAAUGGACAGAUUAUCGGUUGUCAUGGAAACCAAAGGAGCACAAUGGGAUUCAGGUGCUACGCAUCCCCUCUGGGAAGGUUUGGCUUCCUGACAUCGUCCUCAUCAAUAAUAAUGAUGGACAGUUUGAUGUGGCCCUGCAUGUCCAUGUUCAGGUUUAUAGUAAUGGCAGGGUAACCUGGACUCCUCCUGCUCUGUACCUCAGUUCCUGUGGAGUCAAGGUAACAUAUUUCCCGUUCGACUGGCAGAACUGCACCAUGCAGUUUCGCUCUUACACAUAUGACUCAACAGAAAUCGACCUGCAGUAUGCCCUGGAUUCAAAAGGCAAGGAGAUUCGGGAGAUCCAGCUGGAUGAGUCUUUCAGUGAGAGUGGUGAGUGGUACAUCAGACACAAGCCAAGCAGGAAGAACACAUUUGAUGACGAAUACGAGGAAGUGACUUUCUACCUGAUCAUCGAGAGGAAGCCUCUGUACUACAUCAUCAACAUCAUCAUCCCCUGCAUCCUGAUUACUAUCAUCGCCAUCUUCAACUUCUAUCUGCCUCCUGAUGCAGGUGAGAAGAUGGGUUUGUCAAUCAAUGUGCUGCUCACCCUCACCGUGUUCCUGCUGCUGCUGGCUGAUAAGAUCCCCGAGACCUCGCUGGGUGUUCCCAUCAUCGUCAACUACAUCAUGUUUACCAUGGUCCUGGUCACAUUCUCUGUCAUCCUCAGCGUGGUUGUCCUCAACCUCCACCAUCGCUCCCCCAACACCCACAUGAUGCCGAUGUGGGUCCGCAAGAUCUUCAUCCACAUGCUCCCUCCUUACCUGGGCAUGCUGCGGCCAAAGGUGGAGACCCCCCUGUCUCUGGAGACCCUACCCCGCCGGGAAAAAAAAGUCACUGCAAUCAGCAUAGUUUCUGAUGAAUACUUCAUCCGGAAACCUGACUCUUCCAUUUUAUUUCCUAAACCCAACAGGUACCAGCCGGAUGGCAUAUGCACAGACCUGAGGAAGUUCAUUGAUGGCCCCAGUAGCUACCUUACACUACCUGAUGAGCUCAAGUCAGCCAUAGAGGCCAUCACAUACAUAGCUGAGGCUCUGCAGGCUGAAAAAGACUAUGAAGCACUGAAAGAAGAUUGGCAAUAUGUGGCAAUGGUUGUGGACCGGAUGUUCCUGUGGAUUUUCGUCGUUUUCACCACUGUGGGCACCCUGGCCAUCUUUGCCGAUGCUAGCUUCAACCAUACCCCUACGGACCCCUUCAAACCCUUCUGAAGGACAGGGGUGUCUGAUUUUCUUGAACCACAUUGCUGGAAGUUGUGAAUCCCUUGCUGUACAUGUGGAGGAAGACAAUUGUAACUGUUAACUGUUACUUAAAAUAAGUACAGUUUCCAAUGCAUUGCCUCAUCACAAAUCACACAAUGCAUAUGUCCCAGUCUUUUUAAAUUAUAGCUGUACUAGUACUUAAAGGGCCAGUAACUGACAAACCAUAUGGAUUUUAUGGUGUUCUUUUUAGAUUUGUAGAAUUUGAAACUUUUACUGUGUUUGUUACUUAAAGUAUUUAAGGUCCCAAUUGCCGACAUUUGGGAGAAAAGCUUUCAAAACCCCAAAUUCAUAUAGCCUACUUUGCAAGCCUACGAUUAGGGUUAUAAUUUAGGGCUAAAUAAGGUCUAUGGUCUAGAUAACCCCAACCCUAGCUCCAUUCAUAGGCAAUUACAAUAUGCAAUUUCUGUGUUUAUAUAAUUGCUUUCCAAGUUUUCUCAUUAUAGAAACAAAGACAAUAAUCUGACACACAGAAAUCAAAAACAGCCGAAAAAAAACCCCCAAACAGUUUUGGCUUCAACCAAAAUAAAUGGUUAGGUUUCCACUGUAAGGACUUGGAUACCAGAAAGUUAACAGGCUUACACUGUGUUGCAGACAUGGACACACCCAUCAUCCUAUGGUGGUAGUUAAUUUCGGCUUUAGCAGACUCAAAGAUGUGACUAUAAAUUGGCGAUAAUUUUCAUUGAUGCCGACCCUAAACCUGAAUCAAUCAGUCUUGGCAAUCAGGAAACAAGGAAAAUAACAAUUCUGAUGUACAUCACAUGAAAAACUAUUCACAAGUCUUCAAAAUAUUUAGUCAGGGUAGGUUUACCACCUCAGAAGAUUAAUCUAGCCCAAUCCCUUCUCCUAAUUCCAGAUGUGUUUCCAGUGACAGUUUGUAUGUUAAAAUUUUAAAAUAAUUAAAACAUAAUUAAUAAAUGCAUUGAUGAAAUUGCAUGAAAUAUAACUACUAAGCCAAUGUUAGCAUACCUUACAUGCAUAUAAAUGCUAUGAUAUAAACUACCAGCGUGGGAUUUUUUUAUUUUGUUAUUAGCUGUAGUAGGGUUUGAAGUGUGGCUCCAGGACUGGGUGUUCAUAUGUGGUGUUAACACAUAAACACCAAGACAAACCAGGCCCUAUAACGAGCGUGCUGCAAGCCUAUGUCAGAAUGUGCUGGAGAGUGGCACAUGCUUUGCGGUAUAUUUCUACAGACACAGUAAUCCUCUGUAUUUCAGGCACUGGUGUAUGUAAUGGAGCAGCACACCAACUCCAUUCAUCUGCUGCACCAACAGCCAAUGGAAUUCCCAAUAAUAGAGAAGACCCGUACCUCUCGGUGCCUCGUUUUGUCUGGACACACGCAUGCUGCAUGUCCCUUUUACCACACCUGUCCUCUUGGUCUUGUGCUUUCAUUUUGCUUUUGUCUUUUAAAUAGAGAUCUGAGGGGAGAAUAUCAAAGGCUCCAUCUGUUCUCAGAAUGCUAUCACCUGCCCACCCUGCUAUUAAUAUCCCCACAUGUUGGCACUGGUUACCGGACACUACUGCAUGGGCUUCCCUGUUAUUUCUCUGUGUAAAUACACUCUCUCACUGAGAUCUAUUAGCGCAAGUAUUUGGGGGCUGAAAUUCUGCCAGUCAUCCACGGCAGCCCACCUUGGCGACAGCACUGAUAGCCCCUCAGUAUUAUAGACCACCAUAUGUGAUGUUAUCACUACACUAGUGGUUGAAUUGCACUUGUUCCCCUUCCCGUCUAACACGUAACCUUCUAUGAAAGAGUAGCUUUCAGAAGCCAGGCUGCACAAAAACAAACACAGAGGUCAUUCUGAAUGAUGUAUUCACGCUGAGAAUGGCAGCUCACAGGAGGUCAAGUCAGAGGCAUUUUUCCCUCACUUAAGUCUCAGUCUGGUGUUGAUUUAUAGUUUUAUGUUUUCACACUGGAAAGGCUCACCAGCAUGAGGGAGAGAGGAUGGAAUGACCCAACUGAGAGAAGAGAAAUUUAAAGGCAGAGACAGAGAGUAGGGGAUGGAGGAAAGAUGAACUUUAUGAGGCCUGAAAUAUAGACAUCAGCUUCAUAAAAAGCAACACGAAGGAUCAGAGAUAGAGCAGAAUCCGGAGUUCACUCGGGGGCCUUUGCUUCAUCGAUCAUUGCGCUUGUAGUCCUCGCAGCCCUCUAUGGCAAAAAACAUCCAUCUCCAUUUUUAUACUUUCAUCCACAUCUUUUCUUGCCUCGAGCUCACAUCUAACUCAGAAUCAGCAACGCUGAGGUGCUUUUUCUAAGACCUCUCCAUCAGUAUUGGCAUCACCUCCCUGCUCCUGCCAAGAAGUUUGGUAAUUCGAGAUUUCAUCACGCCACAGUAUCUGUGAAGCAGAGCCUUUCAUUUCAGCUCCUUAAAUCAAAGUGUGACUAAAGCCAUAGUUUUUAUGGGAAUGUGUACCUAAAGAACAAACAAACCCCAUCACUUGUGCUGUUUACAAAGAUUCUCAAAAGAAGUUUAUUUCAUGAUUUCAUAAAUUUAGGUUUCUUUUACCAGAACAUCAACAUUGUUGUAAACAGUAAAAAAAUAUAUUUCACUAUUUCUAUGAAGUAAAUAUAAAUAAGCAUAGCAUUAACUAACGGAGGUCACAAAGUCAAACCCAGUCUACAAUCCCUGCAGAUCAGCUGAUACUGUUCUACACACCCAACUUUGCAAAUCUCAUAUAUUGUAGGGAUUAAACUUUAGCCUGUCUACGGUUGCUGUGCCACUGCAAGCUGCUUUGCAGCCCCCCUCCACUCCUGCUAUUCCUCUUUUGUCUGUAUUCCUGUGCCACUUCCUUCCUUCUGUGUGGAGAUGACCUUUCUAAAUGUUGAAGGGUUUGUACGCCAUGUCACUCAAAAAAAGUUGAUGCACAUGGAAAUAACAAUCGUCUUUGACAGGCACGGUCUUGAAAUAUUGUUUUGGUUUAAAAUAAUUUCUUAUUUUUAAAUUCUGUUGAUUGCA